AACGCCUCGCAUGAAAUGCAGCCCCACGAUGUCGUCGCCUUCAAGACCUACAAUAGCGAGUUUGAUAGGCUCAAAGAAGAUCUCAAUGAGCGUGACAUCCCCAUCAACAAGCUCAGAUUCCUUGGCUUGCUCAAAGAGGCCCGGAAAGAAAGCCCUAGGGACAUCAUUGUGCGUAAAUUGUUCGAAAAGUCAGGUAUCUGGCCUUUAAAUCCUGCAAAAAUCUCUCGAAUGCACCUUGCACCCACAGAC